UGAUUUUGCAUUUCUGGGAGGAGGGCUGCUUUGUUUACUAAUAGUCUCCCUCCCUGUCGACUCGGGGACACUGCUCUGGAUGGCUGUGCACAGCCAUCCAAAUCAGUGUGCUUACAGUGAAACACACACCCCCGCCCCCUAGUAAAACAUCCCAGCACACAGUUAACCCUUUGAUCGCCCCUCAUGUUAACCCCUUCCAGCCCAGUGCCAUUAGUGCAGUGUCAGUGCUUUUUUUUAGCAUUGAUCACUGUAUUGGUGUCACUGGGGAUGUCAGUGACACCAAGUCAGUUCCCCCCAGUGCCAGAAUGCCUGCCGCAGUCCCGCUAU